UCUUAACCUUAUAUAUUGACUGUGGUAUCUAAUCGCUGUUGAAAUCCGAUUCCAGUGGCACUUGAGCUAGCUCUAAAGGUUAGACAAAAACUUUUGAGUCAUAGAGAACAUACACUAUGUGCUAGUUGCUCGGGUUCGGGAUGAAGUUCUCUCCGGCGCGUUGUACCAAUACACUGCAUGAAGAUUCGCUCGAGUCAAAAUGUACACAAGAUGUUGAUGCACCAGGCAUAAAAAUAGAUCCGCGGUUUGCGACACUGUCUCGGACGCCUGCUAUACGACCUACCCUGGUAAUGUAGAUAUAAUUUUUCACGGAUAAAUAUGUAUAAAACGCUCAACCAUGAAUUGCUAACCCUGCCACAACCACCAGAAGAGAUGCUUUGGUUUUUUGUACGAUAUUCGGCUGCGAGUGCAUAGUCAAUGAGAGAUUACUCUUUGGUACGCGCCGACAGGAUAUGCUCCAAGAUAGCAUCAGCUCAACGUAGAGGUUUAGGUUCAAGUAACGCGAAUCAAGGGACAAAUUUGCCCUGCGGUCAAAAUUGAUGAGAUUCUCCCUAUCUAGAUGAAAUAAUCUGCUUACGCCCCCC